AUGCCAAAAGAGAAACGUAAAAGUUAUCCUGCUUUUAUAAAACUUGAUGCUAUUAAUUAUGCAAAACAAACGAGUAAUCAUGCUGCAGCACGAAUGUUCAGUGUUAAUCAUACACAAAUUAGUAGAUGGCGAAAAAAAGAAGAGAAAUUGAAAAAAGCAAAACAAACAAAUUGUAGAAUAGGAUCAGGAAUAGGUGUUACACCUUCUGAUGUUAAGAGUAAUAUGAAACGUCUACUUAAUACAGAGUUUAGACAAAUAUAUUCUAAUGCUAUUUACAAAUUUCAAGCUGCAGAUACAUGGUUUUAUCGUUUUAUAAAUCGUUCAGACUUUUCUCUUCGCAAACCUAAUGUAGAUGAAAUACCCAUCUUUUUUGAUAUGGUCGGUGCUCUUACACUUGAUUAUCGUGCAGAUAAAAGCAAGCUUCCACCUAUGGUCAUAUUCAAAAAAAAACGAAAGCCUAAAGGUCAGUAUCCACCAGGAUUAAUCAUUAGAAUGCAGAGUAAAGGGUGGAUGGAUGAAGAAUUAAUGAAAGACUGGAUAGAAUCUGUUUGGCUACGAAGAGCUGAAACGUGGAAUAAUAUUUCACCAGAAAUUAUAUCCAAGUCUUUCAAAAAAUGUGGAAUAUCUAAUGCUUUGGAUGGUUCGGAAAAUGGAUUAAUUGGCAUAAAUGAAGAAAAUAAUGAUGAACAUUUUGUUGUACUCAAUAAUGAAAAUGAGAACGAAAGUAUUAAAACA